AAAGUAAACAACCAAAAUGAGCGGACGCGGCAAAACCGGUGGAAAAGCCAGAGCCAAGGCAAAGUCCCGCUCUUCUCGCGCUGGACUCCAGUUCCCAGUGGGUCGUGUCCACAGGCUGCUGCGCAAAGGCAAUUAUGCGCAGCGUGUGGGUGCCGGCGCCCCCGUCUACCUGGCUGCUGUGCUGGAGUAUCUGACCGCUGAGAUCCUGGAGUUGGCUGGAAACGCUGCCCGCGACAACAAGAAGACCCGUAUCAUUCCCCGCCACCUGCAGCUGGCCGUCCGUAACGACGAGGAGCUCAACAAGCUCCUGGGCGGAGUGACCAUCGCUCAGGGAGGUGUGUUGCCCAACAUCCAGGCUGUUCUGCUGCCCAAGAAGACCGAGAAGCCCGCCAAGGCCAAGUAAAGCUGCGGCUGCCAACUAGAAACACAAAGGCUCUUUUAAGAGCCACACACUCAUUUCUGAUAAAGACACGACGCCUUAUGUUUCUCAGUCACCUAGAAAAUGACUGCAUAAAUAAAAACAGUAGUUAUACUUAACAGAGACACUGUUGGUGAAAGCAUAAAUUUAAAAAUCAACUCAAAUCGUUAGUCUAAAAUUUAUUAAUACAAAUAUUUAGCUCGUAAAUGAGUCUCUGUGAUACAAUGAGGCGACCUUUAGGAAGAGUGUGUGACAAGACAAUGAGAUGCGAAAUUCAGGAGUUUAAGGUGGAGCGUAACUUUCUUUAACAGCACGUUGUGGGCUGGAUUUUACACUUUGAUGCUUUAGACAUCAACAGUAUCUUUUAGUGUUUGGCCCCAACUAAAACA